UCGUCCUAAACCAUAAUUCCAAACCUACCCCUACCUCUCGGCACCAUUCUAUUCUCCUCGACUCGUCUCCAAAAUUCCCCAUCUCCUCUGCCUCCGGCGAAGCCUCCCUCCCUUCCUUCCACCGCGUGCUGAGCCCUGAAGCGGCGAGGCAUAAUAAGAAGCAUGGCGGAUUCGCGGGCAGAAGCUUCCAACAACGCUUCCGGGGACACGAGGAGCACCUCCACGCGCCCGGCGCGCCUACGCGUCAUUCGCCCGGACGUCCAGGAAGUUCUCAGGAGCCCUCGCCGUAGCCGCCCCAAGAAGCAGCCGCCCCCGCCCCAGCCCCCGCCGCCACGGAAGAAGAAGGAUAAGGAGAAGGAGGAAGUCGAGCGCGCGCGCUAUGGCUGCGCCUUUCAGGACGAGGACGAGGACGACUUCGCGCUGCCGGACCUGGUCUGGGGCAAGGUGCGGAGCCACCCGUGGUGGCCCGGACAGGUGUUUGAUGCCGCCGACGCGUCCGAGGUCGCGCUGCAGCACCGGAGGACCGGCGCCCCGCUCGUCGCCUACUUCUGGGACAGGACCUUCGCUUGGAGCGACGCGUCCGCGCUGCUCCCCUUCCGCGCCAACUUUACGCGGCUCUCCGCCCAGAGCACCAUGUCCAGCUUCGUCUCUGCUGUGGAUACCGCGCUGCAGGAGGUUGGACGACGCGUGCAGGCCGGCCUCUCCUGCGGUUGCUUCGGUUCCAGCAUCGCCACCAAGCUGGAGGUUGAGAACGCUGGUAUCCGGAAAGGGGCGUAUGCUACGGCGGUAGACGGUUCGUACAUGAGGGAUGCCUUCUGUGCCGAAGCCUUUCUUGACUACAUCUCAGCACUGGGAAAGAAACCGCUGGCUGGCGCUGAUCUUCUUGACCUUGCCACCGCUAAAGCACAGCUGAGGGCGUUCAAUCGAUCAAGGGGUCCAAGGGACCUCCCCGAGUUUGUGAUAUUCCAGGGUAUUGAGGAUGUCGAGGAGGCGAUUCCGCACGCAAAGAGGAAAAGGAUGCACCAGAGGGGUGAGGAUAAUGUUCCAAGCAAGGAGAAGAAAUCAAGGCGUUCUGGGAGUUCAUCAUGCAGGAAAGAGGCUCUACCAGCGGCUGCAAAUGAAGAGGCUAUGGAUGAGGAUAGCGGUGUGCCGAGUAGAGGGGCGACAGAUGAUAUAAUGAGUAAGGGAAAAAAGUCAAAGCACAGGAAGAGUUCGGCGAGUAAGAAAAUAGACACUUCCAAAUAUUCAGAUGGACUUGAAACAGUUGGUGUUGGUGACAGCAAAACUCUGGCCAGUAAGGCAGUGGAUGGCGUUUUGAGUGAGAGCAAAUCAGGGCGCAUGCUAAGAUCCACGCGCAAGAAGGAAGAUGCUUUGGAGGGUUUGAAAAGGUUGGGAAAGGAUGAUAAUGGUGAAACCUUAAACAAAGAUGUCACUUUGCUGAAAGAAAACAAGCUCAGGCAUAGGGCGAGCUCUGCACGCAAGAAGGAUAAAAUCACGGAGGAUGGGGAUGGACUCAGAGCUGGCAGUGCCAAGGAUUCCGCUUCUCCUGGCAAGAGAAGGUCAGGGCGUGCUGAAAAAUCAUUAAGUAAGAGAGUGCCCAUCUCAGAGCAUGGCAGGAAGAAGAAGAAACUUUCUGAACUUAUGGCAGAGAUAGGCAGGACUAAUUCUGCAUCUGGUGGUAAGAGCAAGACUCGAGGGAGCCGAUCUUUGCAUGAAUCAAUUGAGAAACCUGAGGAUCCUGUUCGUGACUCUAAGGAUACAGUGAAGAAUAGGAAAAGAAAGAAGCUCAACACAUUGGGGGAUUUGUCUUCCCAGUCACAGCCUCUCUCUCGUAACAAGUCCACAAAGGUUGGAGAGCUGAUGAGUAAAGCAGCUGGGCACAUGCCACAGACACCACCUGUCGUCAAACCUAAUGGUGCAGCGUCUCAGACAAAAUCACUUAGGGCUAAAAACAGGCAAGUAACUGCAGCAGACCAGUCUCAACUUUCUGUGAAGGUGAAUCGGGGCAAGAAAGGUUCCUGUACUGAGGAGUCUCUAUCUUGUGGUGAAAUGCUAUGGCAGCUGUCGCUAGCAGCAUGUGAUCUUAAGCAGAGAGAGAAAAUCGCCCCUAGAAGUGUUAACUUCCUUACUGAUUUUAGGAAGAACUCCUAUGCUUCUAGUUCUGAUGUCAACGAGGAGAUACCUGAAAAAGCAGCCAACACUGAGUCCGCUCCUUCGGAACAGCCCAUCGCUGAUCAUAUGCAGGACGACUAUUGGGCUGACAUUCUCAUUAACGUGGAGGAGCCGCUAUCUAGCCUGAAAAAGAAGAAAGAUGAGAGUAAAAGAAGAACAAGCAAGAAGGUGCAUCAGGUUAAGAAACUCGCCAAUAAUCUGUCAGCGACUCUGGGAAGUGCAGAUGAGCCAAGGAGUGAAGGCAAGCUAGAUACACAGAGCGGGGAGCAACUUAAGGCUGAAAGCAAACCGUGUGUCACCAAUGGAUCUCAACUAAAUGCCGGUAUCAAAUCUGCUGAAGAAAUGGAAAAUAGCUUGCUGGCUGGACUGGUGCUGCACUUCAGCAGGCCAAGUGCAGUUCCACCACGCAGUGACCUUAUCAAGAUCUUUAGCCAAUAUGGGCCUGUCAACGAAGCCAAGGCAGAGAUUGCAAACAAUGCCAGCUCUGCCCAGGUGAUCUUCAAGAGGCGCAUGGAUGCUGAGGCAGCAUUUGCAGGCGCAGGGAAAAUCCGUGCUCUUGGACCAGCCCUUGACAGCUUUCGCCUCACCGACUUCCCAGCAGCUGGUUCAGGAAAUGAGCCUUCGCAUGGUGCAUCAAAGAAUCCCCCUCCGAUCUGCUCCUCCUUCUUCAAGGCAUAUACAUGCAAGAGAAGAGAAGAGAAGAGAAAAGAAGAGAAGAGAAGAGAAUCAAUGGCGGCGUCUUCAAGGCAUAUGCUGCUCCUCUGCUGCUGCUGCUUCGUCGUCUUCUUCUCCGCCUCCUUUGCUCAGAUGCCUGGCUUCCUGAGCAUCGACUGCGGCGGGUCUGCUAACUACACGGACGAGCUCGGCCUGGUGUGGACAGGCGACGCCGGUUGGUUCCCCUUCGGCGCCACGGCCACCAUCUCGGUGCCGUCGGAGAAGCGCACGCAGUACUCCACGGUGCGCUACUUCCCCUCGACGGCGGACGGCGGCACCAAGAAGUACUGCUACACGCUGGGCGUCAGGACGAGGACCCGCUACCUGAUCCGGGCCAGCUUCCUGUACGGCAACUUCGACAGCAGCAACGUCUUCCCGGAGUUCGACCUCUACCUGGGGGCCUCCCGCUGGUCCACCAUCGUCAUCUACGACGAGACCAAGGUGGUCACCAGGGAGCUGGUCGUGCUGGCCUCGUCGCCCACCCUCAGCGUCUGCCUCUCCAACGCCACCACGGGCCAGCCCUUCAUCUCCACGCUCGAGCUCCGCCAGCUCAACGGCUCCCUCUACUACACCGAUUACGAGGCCGACGCCUUCCUCAGCCUGUCCGCGAGGAUCAACUUCGGAGCUCCCACCACCGAUCCUGUCAGGUAUCCGGACGAUCCGUACGACAGGAUCUGGGAGUCCGACUUGGUCAGGAGGGCCAACUAUCUGGUUGACGUCGCUCCGGGCACACUCAACGUCUCCACCGAUAAGCCCGUCUUCGUGAGCUCCAGCGAGAGGCCGCCCCAGAAGGUGAUGCAGACGGCGGUUGUGGGUUCGCUCGGUGAGCUCACCUAUCGCCUCAACCUCAAUGGCUUCCCCGGCAACGGAUGGGCAUUCUCCUACUUUGCCGAGAUCCAAGAGUUUGUCGUUCCCGAGACACGCAAGUUCAAGCUCUUCAUCCCUGGUUUGCCGGAUGUUAGCAAACCCACGGUGGAUAUUGGUGAGAACGCCCCGGGGAAGUACCGGCUAUACGAGCCAGGGUUCUUCAACAUUUCACUGCCAUUUGUCCUCUCCUUCAAGUUCCGUAGGACAAAUGAUUCAUCCAAGGGUCCUAUUCUGAAUGCCUUUGAGAUAUACAAAUAUAUCCACAUUGAUCUUGGCUCCCCAGACGCGCCUCUCAUGACAAGCCUAGCCUCACGUUACCCAUUCGCUGAUUGGGCAAAGGAAGGCGGCGAUCCGUGUCUACCUUCACCGUGGUCUUGGGUGAAAUGCAGUCCAGAAUCAGAACCAAGAGUCAUUUCCAUAAAUCUUUCAGGAAAGAACUUGACAGGAAACAUACCAUCGGAACUAGCGGGUUUGCCAUGCUUAGCAGAGAUCGGACUUGCAAAUAACAUGUUAACAGGCCAGAUUCCAGACCUCAGUGGCACUUCGAACCUAUCCAUCAUUCAUUUCGAGAACAAUCAACUGACUGGAAAUGUUCCGUCAUACUUUGGCAGUUUGCCAAAACUGAGUGAGCUGUACCUUCAAAACAACAGGCUGUCUGGAGCCAUCCCCAGGGCUCUUCUAAGUAGAGGCAUCACUUUCAACUACUCGGGGAAUAUGUACCUUGGAACAGGGAAGCAAGAGAAGAAACAUGUAAUCAUUGUUAUAUCUGCUGUGCUUGGAAUGUCUUUCUUACUUGCAGCUGCCCUCUGUUGUUACAUGCUGACACACAAACCCAUUAAGAAAUACUCACCAGAAGAUGAUGUUACAAAGGUCCUGCCUGAGCAGAAGUUCCAGAAUUCAAGCACACGGUCCUGUGAAAUAGCCGCUGAGACAGCUCAUCCCUACAAACUAUCGGACCUUGAAGUGGCGACCAACAGCUUUGCCAACAGGAUUGGUUCUGGGGGUUUUGGGAUAGUGUAUUACGGAAAGCUGGCUGAUGGAAAGGAGAUUGCUGUAAAAGUGCCAACGAACGAUUCAUACCAAGGGAAGAAGCAGUUUACAAAUGAGGUGUCUUUGCUUUCAAGAAUACACCAUAGGAACCUAGUUGCAUUUCUAGGCUAUUGCCAUGAAGACGGGAGAAAUAUUCUGGUGUACGAGUUCAUGCACAAUGGAACCCUCAAAGAGCAUCUUCAUGGACGGGACAAGCACAUCAGUUGGAUCAAGCGGCUUGAGAUUGCUGAGGAUGCAGCAAAAGGAAUCGAGUAUCUUCAUACCGGAUGCACACCAUCUAUCAUCCACAGAGACAUCAAGACGAGUAACAUCCUUCUGGACAAGCAGAUGAGAGCAAAGGUGUCCGAUUUCGGGCUAUCGAAAUUCGCAGCUGAGGAGUCUCAUGCGUCAACCAACGUGCGAGGGACACUGGGCUACCUGGACCCGCAGUACUACAUCUCCCAGCAGCUGACGGAGAAGAGCGACAUCUACAGCUUCGGGAUCAUCCUGCUGGAGCUCAUCUCCGGCCGGCCUCCCAUUUCCACCAUCACUUUCGGGGAGCACUUCCGCAACAUCGGGCCAUGGGCCAAGUUUUACUACGAGAGCGGAGACAUCGAAGCGAUCAUUGAUCCAUCGAUGGUAGGGGAGUACCAGGACGUGCAGUCCAUCUGGAAGAUCGUUGAAGCGGCGGUGCGGUGCAUCGACAUCGAGCCCCGGAAGCGGCCGUGCAUGCCGGAGGUGGUGAAGGAGAUCCAGGACGCCAUGGCGCUGGAGAGGACGGCGACGUCGGAGAUGAGGGGCGGGUGCCCCUUCUCCCCGGCGGCGGCGAGCGUGAGGUCAGGUGGGACGAUGAGGUCGCACGACAUGAUCAUGGACAACCUGCUGCUCAUGGACGAGGAGGACGACUCCUCCUUCUCCGGCUCCGUCAGCAAGUUGAAGUACCCCGAGCUGCGCUAGCUAGCGAGUCGGCCAGUGCAGCUGCUCCGUGCAUGGAUUUGAUGCUGCUGCUAGUUUCUUUUCUUUUCGUCGCAUUGUGCUAGCUCUUUUUAGCGUGAGAGUUUUUUUUGGCACCAUGCAAUGCACGGAGGAGCAGCAAUUGCAAUUGCAGUUGCAGUUGCAGUUGCAGGGAGCAUACAACAAUACAUAGUUUUGCGUUUGCAUUUACAAAGGGAUGCUUUGCGUUUUGUAAUUUGAUAUCUAUCUUUAAUUUACUCAAUUACUAUCUUCGUGGACUGUCAAUUGUACCAUACUGAUUUUAAUUAUCUUUUCUGGUGAAUUCCAUCAGGCAAAUUCAGUUUGCAACUAAACAAUAGAAUCAAAAUUAGAACA